AUGCGUGCGGUAGCGCUGCUCCUUGUGGGCAUGGCGGUGAUGGCGGAGGGUAGCAAGCAGAAGCUGCUUCAGGAGGAGCUCGAGGAUGCUGUCCUCACCAAUACAGGAAGCAAGAUCGCUACCUCCAAGCUCUACAGGACUGGAGAGCCCGUGGGAGACUUCCCCCAGCCCUCGGAUCCUCGCAUGAACCUCAAGUCUCCCAAGAAGUGGCAGGCAACCUUCGCCACCAACGUUGGAUCCUUCAACGUCAUUGUUCACCGUGACUGGUCGCCUAAGGGUGCCGACAGGUUCUACAGCUUGGUCAUGAACGACUUCUACGAUGGGGCCCGCUUCUUCCGAUAUGCUGACAACUUCGUCGUGCAGUGGGGGUUGAAGGGAACCCCUCAGAUCGACUCGCUGUACGAGAAUGGCGCGAACAUCAUGGAUGAUCCUCAGUUCAAGAGCAACACCAAGGGAAGGAUCACCUUCGCCACCAGCGGACCCAACACCCGAUCCACCCAGGUCUUCGUCAACCUUGCGGACAACACCUUCCUGGACAGCCAGGGCUUCACUCCCUUCGGUGAGCUGGCCUCCGAGGACGACCUCAACAUCUUCAUGAGGAAGAUCAACGCCGAGUACGGCGAGAAGGCGAACCAGAACAAGAUCAUCCACGAGGGCAACCAGUUGUACCUCAACUCUCACUUUCCCCACAUGUCUUACAUCAAGUCUGAGAAGGUGCAGGUCUUGGAGGAGUAA